AGAUAGGAGGGGAACAUGGAAGGCGCAGAAGAGGAGCUAGAAAGAAGAAGCAAGUUUCUGAAAAGCUUGAUACAGAAGAAGAAAGCUAUAGAGCAACAAGAGCAGCAUGAUCACCUCCUCCACAAUAACGUUCGUGUCAGAGCUUGUGACAUGCCUCUUCCUCUUCAGAACCGAGCCUUUCGUUGUGCACGUGAUCUUCUUGAUUCUAUGCCACCAAAGAAGCUUGAUAGUAAACAUUUGGCCUUGACUCUUAAGAAGGAAUUUGAUUCUUCGUAUGGUCCAGCUUGGCACUGCAUUGUUGGUACUAGUUUUGGCUCCUAUGUUACUCAUUCUCUUGGCGGUUUCUUGUACUUUUCCAUUGACAAGGUUUAUAUCCUUCUCUUCAAGACAGCUGUUGAACCAUUAGAACAUUGAAUAUUGAUAGCUUCCACAACUUUGAGUCAUUGAAAUAUGCACAUCUCCUUGAGAACUUACAUCAUAAAUUUGUGUAAAAUUACAUUGUAAAAUUCAAAGACGUAUUCUGUGAAGUAUUUGAUGUAAUUCAAUUUGGAUAUUUCGUCCGUGGGAGAGUGAUUUGAGUGUGGAAUUGGUUGUGACAAUA